UCUAGACUUCGUUUGACGGAAGACCAAGUGCAGUGUUUACACAUAUGAUUAGCACUUCAGCUUACCAAAGCAAAUCAAGAUGUCAAUACUAGACGCCACUGCCGCCCCAACUUUAAAGGGAAAGUAAGUAAUGGAGUGAUUUCAAUGAUUUUGCAUCAAUGUAUAUUCUCAUAUAUGUAAUGCGUAAUGCUUUCAUUUACACCUUCAAAGUUUGAAGGUUUUUUGCCAGAAAAAAUAUCGUAUUAGUCAUGGAUCUGAGAUUUCUACGCAUGCAUAAUCGUCUUGCACUUUCAAGAAUAAUCUAGCGAAGUAUUAAUAUGGUAAUUUAAUUAGUUCUAAGUGGAAAAUAUUUAAUAGUGACCUAUAUGCCAUCUCGUACUAUUAGUACAAUUGUUUUGCAAAUUAAGAGGGUGUUAUAAAGGGCAAUUUUUUAUUUCGGCCUGUUUUGUUUGACAUCUACCCUCCCUAUUCAAAAAUUUCUCAAGGGUCAUACAGUGUCAUCACUUGCCAGGCCAUGAAAAUAUAUUCCUCUUGAACUCUUCCUGACAGCAAAAUCCAAGAAUAAAAAUUUCCUGUAUAAGUCAAAUAUAAAACAUGCAACAUAUGUAGAUUUCAGAGAAUAUAUGGAGCUGCACAGUGUGAUAGAUUUCAGCGCAGUCAAGACAAUCUCAACUUACAAAAUGCUUUUGGAAUUUUUACAAUGAGAUGACAAAAAUGUAUAUAUAUAUAUAAGAUGACAAAAAUAUCCUGCAAAAUAAAACAUAAUUUCCUGUGAAGAUAUUUUGUUACAAAUUGCAAAAAUUCAUUCUUCUAAAGCUUAUACAGGUACAGUAUCUCUAGAUCAUCAGGCCUUAAAAUGUUGGUCAGAGAACUGUCUGACAAAAUGUUCGAUGACUUUGAGUCCAAUCAGAUGUAUGUAUUGUGAUGUCUGAUGGAAAUAAAUAUGAAUACAGACACAAAUUAAUAUCAGCACAAUUUGGAAAAGUCAUUUGAAUCUUGGCAAUGAAUUUCCAUAUCCCACGGUGAUGAAAACCCUGCACUUGAUUACACAUUUCCAGUUCACGUUUUAUACAUUACUCUGAUUCUCCAUUUAACAUGUACAAGCCUCUAGUCCUGUACUAGGGUACAUUUUGAUUAACGUUGGACUAAGUUACAGCUAGGUCUGACACUAAUUCACUCGGGUCGGACAAACAUGUGGUUUCACUUAGGUCAGACAGAAUAUCCAGUGGUUUCCUCUCUACCUACAUCAAACAAUUUUAGGAAUGGGUUGAAAUAUGUCUGUGACUGACAUACUGACAUACAGUAUAUUUUAAGGCCUACAGGUACAUAUAGUUGGUAGUUUAAGACAUCUCAUUAUUACCAAUUUUAUUUCUUCAGCAUUGAAAAUGAAUCCAUUCCACGAGAACAAGCAGAGCAAAUGCUUCAAGAUUUGAUCAAUGACAUGAGUAAGCUAGAAAAAUUUUAUCUUUGGAAACUUUUAAUAAUUAUUAUUGUAAGACUUGUCUAUUUUGUAAAUUCAUCACUGUUUCACUGUAGAUGAUCAGAAUUUUGAUUCAAUAAAAUAUGCAUCGUACAGAACAGGAGCCAAGCUUUCCUUUAUAAUGUCAAAAACUAACUGUAAGUAAUUCAAAAUAGUGGUACAUAAACUUGUUACUCCAAAUUCUGCGGUACUUAACUGAUUCAUGCUGGAAGUUAAGCUCAAAUUGCACAUUUUAGCGAUGUGGGUAAUUCCAUGGUAGUGAUGACAUUUUUUGAAAAAAAAAUUGUCAAAAAUUGUCAGAAGCUAUUGGAAGCAAUUCUGAACUGAAAUGUUAACUGAUGCACUUUAUAUGUAACACAAGUUACAGUAUGUAACAUGAGUCACGUAACAUGAGUCACUUGUGUUAUGUAGCAAUCCUUACUAUUGUAAUCCAAAAUAUGAACUUUCUUUGUGUUGGUAGUUUGCCUAACAUAUAGUCUGUAACUUGAUAGACAUUGUAUGUUUCUCUUUCCUAUGGGUCCCAAACAGCCACCAAUCUUAUCAUGUUAUAAUCAAAUGUUUAAUUUGUACUGUGAAUCAGUAGCUUACCAUUAUUUGCACCCGCAUGAAAAAAUGUGACAGAAAAGAUAUAUUAGUUAUACACCAGAUCAAAAUGACUCUGAUAGUUUGGUUCAGAAUUUAACAUGAGUCACCAUGGAAUUACCUUUUGGGCUUUUGUUGAGUUGACUUGUCGCUCUUUGCAGCAUGCCACAUUGUACUGUACUGACUCGAAUCCUAGUCAGUGUGUUGUUAGCCAAGCAGAUUUAAGAAUUGGCCAUGCGUUAUGAUUGAUACUUUUAUGUGUUUAUAUAUGUCUUGUAUGCAUAGUCAAAACAGUUCUGAGGAAAUUUUAAACAUUUUUGAAUUAGCAUGACUGUCACAUAAUUUUCCUGCAAGCACGACAAGUUAACUUGCUCUCCUUCCCUCGCCCAUUUGUUUUAUUUACUCGUGUUUUUACUUGUUUUACUCCUUACAGUGCAAAACAAGUUACAAUGUGUUACAGAACUGUACAAUGCGAGUUGACUUGUGGCAAGUCUAUGUUGCACUUAAUUUUAGAGAAAUUCCAUUGUAGUGCAGUUUGGUAGAACAAAUUUUUUAUCAUUUUUAUUUGACAGUGAACCUCGUAGAUAUAUACAACAUGAUAGAAGCAUUCAGAGAAAAUGGCCUACAUAUAUUAGAUCAUGACAGUGAGAUUCAUGAAUCAAGAUUGGAAGCUGUUCUAUCCAGUAUAUUUUAUGCAUUAAAUAAAAGAAUACCUUCAACUACUGAUAUUGAUGUUGAAAGGUGUAUUGCCCUUGUCAAGCACUGGCUGCUUUAUGCCUAUGACAGGUGUGUGCCCAUUGAGUCUCAUUGCGCCCUGGUGCACCCGACUUUAUUAUUUUACUCUGUCUAAUGUCAGACGAUUUGCUCAUCAAGGGGAGAGUGCUGGUGCUUAAUGGGUUAAAAUACUGUAUAUUAGAGCUACUCCCAAUUAUCGAUUGAUUAUCAUCUUUUUUUUCCGCAAUUGAUUAUACUAAUUAAACAAUAAUUGGAAUAAUCGGAUCAUCUAUGUCCAGUAUAACAUUUAAGUUUUAUAACAUGUUGAGUCGUUUGGUUUGCAUAGCUUUUAAUGGCACAUGUCAAAUUUUAAUUGCUCAAUAUGACUAAUCGAUUGGUAAUAUUGAUUAAUCAAUUAUGAAAAUGAGCCGAUUGGAGCAGCUCUACUGUAUAUCAACUUAAAAUUUGUGAUGGUGGUUUCAUGAUGAUGGUGGUGGUGAUAAUGAUGUUAUGACGAUUAUUGUGGUGAUGAUUAUGAUGGUGAUGAUGAUGGCGGUGAUGACUAAUGAUGCGGGUGAUAAUGCUAUAGUGAUAAUUAUUCUCAGUGGUAAUGAUGAUAAUGAUGACAGGUGAUGAUGAUGAUAGUUUUGAUGGUAGUACUGCAGUGAGGAUGAUGAUGAUAUUAGUGGUGGUGAGAAUGAUGGUAGGCAGUUGUGUAUUGAAAAAAAUCGAUACUGAUCGAAAUCGAAAAAAAUAUCGACUAUAUCGAAUUAUGCAAAUGAGAAAACGUAAUUUAGUCAACUUGCAUGUAUACGCAUCACAAACAGUUAAAAAGAAGUGCAUGAAACCAGUCAUAUAUGGUCGGUAGUAUGUCUCGGAGAUUUAUUAACAACGGUUUAUCCAUCAUCUCGAACUUCGCUUUUAAUUUCAAUUGCCCGCGCACUUGUAUCAUAAAUUCGCAAUUGCCGCCAUACAUACGUUGUCUGAACUUCACGUUGUCUAAAACAAUAAUUGCGGAAUAAUCGGAGAUUAAGUUGUUUAGUUAAAACUUUCGAUAUUUUCGAUAUAUACGAAAAAUUGAAUAUCGAUAUUUUUGAAAUAUCGAUAUUUAUCGAAAAUAUCGAUAUAUCGCAAUUGCCUAAAUGAUGGUAGAAUGAUGAUCUGAUGAUGGUGCUCAUUGUGCUGAUAAUUAUGAUGGUGGUUAUUGUGAUGAUGAUGAUGGUGGGUUUGACUGACACCUACCACAAAUGCCGCUGGGUUAAUCGAACUGAAUGGUGGUGCUGGUGAUGCGAGGAUAAUGGUGGUGAUGUUGAGGGGCGUGAUGAUGAUGACAGUGAUCUUACAUUGGCUAUUUUAUUUUAGUGAUGCUAAUGAUAGAAUAAGAGUGUUAUUUGUGAAGGCAUCGCUUUCUAUGUUGUGCUCAGGACGGCAAGUUGACAAGUUAAGAUGUGAGUUCAGUUGUUUGGUACAAUUAUUACAAAUCUAGGUCUACAUGUAAUUUGACCACCUCAAACACGCACUGCAUCAUAAUUUAACUUCUUGUAUUUAGAUGUUUUUUCUCAAGUGUCUGAACAAAACGGCAAGUUAAAUUUCACCAAAUUUGAAGGGUACUUAAAAGAAAUCCUCAAGGUAUAUUAAAUUUUGUUAUCAUUUUCGAAAUCUAAUCUUCGUAGCUUGGGUUGACAGUUUCUUCUUAAUUGUCAGCUUCCAGAGGCAGUUGGUGAAUCUCCCACAUUUGGUUUCAAUGAGGAUGUAGUGAAUUCAUUCUUCAGACCUACUGGGGUAGGUAUACAGUAUGCCAUGUAUAGUUUGAUAGCUUUGCUAUACUGUAGAAUUUUGUCAAGUACAGUUUAAUGUAUAGGACAGUAUGUUAUCUAAAUAUCGACAGAGAUUGCCUCAUUUGUGUGCUUGGAGCCACAAAAAUGAUUGAAAAUGUGCAUUUAAAAUGUCUGCAUGUAAAAUACAAAAUGAUAACAUUUGGGCCAUGAAUUAUAUAGUCAGGUGACUCAGCUCUCUCGAUCCUUUAUGAAUUCAUGCAUUUUCUUCAAUAAAAUUAGCUACAUACUAUAUUGAUGAUAAUAAUGACUAUACUCACCAUAUCUACAGUAUUUGUCUGGGAAUUUUGAAAUAAGCUACUGUACUAAAUUGAUAAUUAUUAUGUUUAGAGUUACUUGUACAUAACUGAGAGUUUUGACUUUUGAUUAUUUGGUUCAAUAUUUGACCAUUUCCAUAUCAUUUGAAAUAUUAAAACUCGAAAACCUUCACAGUUAAUUGAUAGAAAUAUUGUAACAAUAUUUUUUAAGUGAAUGCGAGUUAAAGUGUGUUAUAUUGUAAUUGACAAUUGUAUUAUAAUUUUGUAAAUGCACUGUACAGCAUACAGUAAACAAAGGAAAUAAAAUGUACACUGUAUGUAAUUACAAAUGUAUACUAUAUGCACAUACAGUAUAUAAGAUAUAAUAUUUUUUUUGUCUUUUUGUAGCCUCUACGACAAGACGCAACAACCUUAGAACAUUUUCUUGACUGUAUUCUGGCCAGUGAUCCUCCACCAUCGUUGUUGUGGCUUACAGCUUUUCAUAAAAUUGUACAUGCAUCAAGAGGUACAGUACGUUGUUUUAUAUCCUCCAUUUACAGCAAUUAUUCCACCCAACAAUUGCUACCAUGCAGCGAGGGGAAAGUCGUUGAUUUCAAUCACGUACAAUUUGUGGUUUUGAUCGACACCUUGCCUGUCUUACUCUUUCAACACAGUCUUAAUUACAAUAGAAAAUAAAGGUGAUAACACCGAAAUUAAUCUAGAUCAUCGCCAAUUAUUAUUUGUGUAUAAUACAGUUAGUACUGUAGGUCUUUGACAGACCAAUACCCUUUGGGGCUGUAAAUUUCCCGUUUGUAAUACAAAAUGACUGAAAAACGGCAAACUUCACAAGGCUAUAUUAUCCGCAUUUUACAACAUUUCGCAACGAAACUUUGGAAUAUUACUAAUUUUUGUCUAGACUUGUUUAGAUCAAAAUUUAGUCUAUAAUGCAAAUGGUCCAUUAAGACUGUGUUGAAAGAGUAAAACAGACAAGAUGUUGAUCAGAACCACAAAUUUAUCGAACUUUUCCCUUGCUUCGACCAAGAGACUUUCAUAUAAAUCACGUACACCUUCAGAAAAAUGAAGAGAAAAACCCGACAAAAAGUCACAAAUGAAAAAAUUUAAAAGUCACAAAAAAAGAAACACAAAACAAAAAAGUCGCCUAAAAAGUCCAAUGAUUUUUUUUGUCUCGUAAUCGUAUACAUUUUUAGGUCUGAUUUGCCCCUCGCCAUGUACAGUGUUGUUUUGUAUAGUUUCUGAAUCAGUAUUAUUGACACUACUUUACAAUUUUCCCAACCAUCUCUAGUGGUGAUUGAGAUGUAUCUUGUGUUUUUUAUAUAGCCAAGCAUGAUGUUGCUUGUAAAGUAUGCAAGAAAUCUCCGUUCAAAGGUCUACGGUAUAAAUGUCUUCGCUGCGUUGGCUAUACUUUAUGCCAGGUACAAAGAUCUUCAGUUUCACGUUGAAAUAUUGCAUGUACGAAAAUAUUCUUUCUUCGGUGUAAAAUUACAUUUCUAGGAUUUCAUGAAUAAAUUUUAUUUCUAGGAUUGUUUCUGGAGAGGAAGAGUAGCUGGAAGUCAUGCUGCUGAUCAUGAUACGAGAGAAUAUUCAACUUGGGUAGGUUAACUCUUGAUCUUUAAUACUGUAUGUUGUACAGUUAUGUGUAUACUGUGAAAACAAAUUAGUUGAAUUGGUCAUUUGGGUGCACCUGAGGGAAUUGGUUGAAAACAUUUUUUUAUCAAAUUUAUCAGUAUGUUUUGUUUAAUUAAUGGUUAAUUUUAACACAUUUUAAACAACCAUGCCUUAACAAUAUUAUUGUUGAAAUUGUUGAAAUGGGUAAAAUGGUUGAUUGGUUGGGUAAACUGGCUGUCUCGCAUCAUGUUUACCAGUUUUUGAAAUGGGUAAAAAUUUAACCAAUCAAUUUUUACAGUGUAAUGAAUAUAAAUAUUUUGUAUUUGAUAACUUAGUUUGCUUAGGAAGGCCAGUAAGAGAACAUUUGUAUUAAAAAAUAUUUUUAAUGUUUUUCAGAAUGAAGGUGAAAAGGGAACUCGACUUUCAGCUGGCAAGAUAUCAGAUCCCUUGCCACCCAAAGUACCAGACUAUCCCGAAGAACCUAACCCUGAUCAGACCAUGGAUAUGACACAUAUUGUGUAAGCUCUUCGAACCUUCAAAUUUUCGUUAGGAACAGGGCUCAAAAGAAUGGUCACGGUAAAUGACCGGUGACAUUUUUAUGGUCAAAUUUGUUUGAGGUUGGUCAUUAUCUCCGUACACACUCAGGUGACUUCGGUAUUACUGUACAUACAUCUACUAAGACUUGAGACGAAAUCUCGUUUGACCUCAUCACACACGAUGGCCGAUCACUUUGACCACUGGACCAGUGUCUUGUCCAAAGUUGUUUUGAUUUCUAAAGAGUCGCCACUAAUUCUAAAUUUCAACUUGAAUUUUCUUUUACCAGUCCACCAGUCCAGAAUGAUUACUCCGCCAUGAAUGGUGUUUCUCACUCCACACCAAGCUCGUCAGGCAAGCUGAGUGAUCCAGACAGCUCCGAUUCAAGGUCAGUGGUCAGUGGAUGUAGUAAGGCCUAACAAAAUAAUAUCUUGUGGUUCCGGUUUCCCGAUCGACCCUCUUUAUUUCCGCCGACCCUAAUGUUUUCCGACCUACCAUAAUUUUUUCGGGAUAUGAAACCGGAACCAUAUGAUUUUUUUUGUUGGGCCUAAAAAGCACCACUAACUGAGAUAAAUCGUAGUAGAAUGCCUAGCUAUCUAAAUUUACAGUACAGGACCUCAGAACCAGUUAGGGCCGAAUUGAUGACGAAUAUACUGUACGUCAUGUUUAUUCUAUACAAAAUUUUAAUUUUGUUUUUAGGAUGGAUGAUGAGCAUAAACUUAUUGCUCGUUAUGCUGCCAGGUAAGAUUGCUUCCAUAAAACAGACUGAGAUGAUAUCUUUCGAUAUUGAUAUGGAUUUUAACCAGACGUUUUUCUAUGUACUGUACAGUACUAACAAAUGUAACAAUUAAUGUCUUGUUAAUAUUAUUGUUUUGUAGAUUGGCAGAAAGUACUGAUGGAGGGCCAAAUACGAAGAAGACGUCAGCUGAACUCCGGGAAGACCUGGAACAGAAUAAAGCGAAACGGAAAAUCAUUAACGAUUUACAGUCUAAGAACAGGUAUGUCUAUUCUCGUACAGUAUCUGAGUAUGUUUAGUUUUUAUCAAGGAUGGAUCCAGCUUAAUCUGAGGCAGAGAUAGAGUAAAAAUGUGGUUGUCGUGAACUAAUGGGGGCAGGGAAGCGUGUUCCAUACAUUAACAGCCCUGACAUAGAAGCUGUUUUGAAAGCUUACAGUUUUGUACUUGGACGCAUCAAAUAAAAUUCCGUUGGUUGCAUUGGCAUUCCGUGUUUCUCGUACAAGAACCUUCGUAAAGAUGUUACUGUCAAAGUCGAAAAUGAUGGACUUGUAAAGAUACACCAUAUGUAAGAUGGACGUUUAUGUCUGAUGUAAAAAAUGCAUAUUUAUUGUACUUUACAGGGAAAUACUGGAGGAGAUUCGAAACCUUCGCGAAGUACGUGAGGCUGCCGCUGACCAACCAAACGGUACGACUACAGACCCAGCUCAGAUGGAGGAACUGAAGGGAUUACGUCAGAAGAAAGAUGAACUUGAGUUACGGAUGAGCGCUCUUCAGGAGACUAGGAAGGAGUUAAUGUCGCAGUUGGAAGGACUGAUGAGUAUUUUGAAGGUUAGUGUCAUGUGUGUUCUGGAGUUUUGAAACUCAAUCUUUUUCCGUAAUAAUAUUUUUCACAAUAUGCUUUGAAAAAGUUUGCCAAAUGUGAAUAAUUAACUGUAAAAGGAAGAAAGUACGUACUUGAUCGUCGUGUAUUUUUUAACACACCAGUAAAACAUGUUUUAAAACGGCUAUAUUUUUGCUCGAAAGUGCUGUCGAAAUGCGGGAAAUGUUAUUUCAUAGAGGCAAAUUCAGAAAUUUUCUGGGGUGGAUGGAAGUGGGUUUUAUAUUUCUCCUUCUAAAACUCCGAGAAAAAAAAAACGAUGGUAGACGAAAAUGCUUGUAUUGAUCCCUGAAUGUCACACCAUUGUAUCGCGUUUUUUAUCUUACCCAGAAUCAACAAAUAACGGUAAAAAUACCUUGUUCGGUACAUUUCCAAUAAGAAUCAGAUCAAAGAUGCAAGGAUUCUCAAAGGAUGGUUUAAGUAUGCGACGGAUUACAAAAAUACUGUACUUUUCCAGAUUUAUAUCAAUACGUGUAUUUGGCUUAUAAAACGGCCGCCAGUAGGAAUUUGAGCCCGCAAUACCAUGGUGUGACACUAAUCCUUUAAAGCUAACCAUAAUAUGGUUGUAUAAACCUCUAUCUGGUUAAUAUGUACUGUACUAUUUACAAUAUGAGCGGCCGUGUUGUAUCGGAUAUACAAACUCGAACCGAAGGCUUGUGAAACGUCAUGACGAGAACAUUCGUAUUCUUCAACAAUUUAAAAUAAAAUGUUUAAAGAUGAUGUCCACUCCAUUUUGCGCAUCAGUUCUGCUCAUAACAAAGGGGGACCCCCAGAUAUAAACAUUGCCCAAAUUUUGCAUCUUUCGAACUUUUUUGAAUUGAAACGUACAGUUUAUAUUCAUUUACAAUAGGCUGGAUCGAUAUCGCAAAUACCGAAUACCGAUAUACCGCCAUCAGAAUACCGGUAAAUACCGGUAUUCCGGUAUUUUUAACGUGUUUCUUUUUAAGCCAAACUGAAGUGCUGACCGUCAAGAAAAAUCAAGUUUUGACAAAAUAUUAAUGUAGCACAUACUGUUAUUAGUGCAAAUGUCACAAGAUUUGCAUUAUCAAGCUAUGUUAACAAUUAACAGCGCUAAGCGGCAAUUAUUAGUAGGGCGUCGAAGUGUUGAAUCAUUCAGAAAAAUAUUCGUUUUGUAUAUAAAUUCAGAUAGUGUUUCAGUAAGUUGCUAAUAGUUAUAAACAUAAAAAACGUUGCAUUUUUAAAACUAACACAUAAACAAGUUAGCAAGCAUGUAAAAAAAACUAGAAAAGCCUGAAAAGGUUUUCGCUGCUUCGCAAAUGCUAGUACUUCCACCUUCCAAAUCAAAGUUUUCUUUUUUGUCGAAAUUUUCCUUUAAAAAUUUCGCCAUUUUUAUCACAAAAUAAGGACCUUUUAUAUUUCCGAUUAAGGCGAUUUAAUAAACAAGACGUCUGGUAUUGCUAAACCAAAGCCGCUAGAACUGUAAGAACAAAAUCAUGCAUCUGUGAGUAUUAACUUUGCUUUCUAAACGUGAUUGUAAGCAAAUUUGACUUGAAAUAGCGUUUCAUUUUGGUAUUAGGCAGCAAAAUACCGAAAUGUCGGUAUAUCGGUAUUUUUAAAUUGUCAAUAUCGCCAAACCGGUAUCUAAACAAAUACCGGUAUAUCGGAUAUAUCCGGUAUAUCGAUCCAGCCUAAUUUACAAGCAUGGCGAACCAGAAAAGUGUUAGAUAUUCAGUUAGUACAGUAUAUCAUAUUUUGCAAAUACAGCAGUUCAAAACGUAAAGAAAGUUCGCACAUGUGCACAGGAGUGGACAUCGUCUUUAAUAUUUGGUGAGAAAAUUGAACUUAAAGUUCAUGCAAGUCAUCAUGAUUUUGUAUCAGAUAUACAAACUCCUUCACGCUCAUGAUUUCUUUUGUGUUUUCUUGAAAUAUUCCAAUUAGUAUACAGGGUGUAUAAAAAAAAGCGCAAUCCUCGACUGAAAUGUAAAUUGCUAAAGAAAUAAUAGACGAAAACGUUAAAGUUUACAUUCAUUUUAAAGCGUAGCCAUUCAGCUUUCUAACAGUAGGUUGUUUCUUAAAUUUGACUCAUUGGUUCGCGGGUAAUAAUACUUUACGUUAUUGCGAUUGGAGAUUAAAAAAAUUGAGAUGGAAUAACAAAUCGUUCUCAUGAAAAUAACUGAUUUUUUCAUUAAAACAAAAAAUGUUGCAUUUUAAUAAAUGGAUUGUAACAAUAAGUAUAAUUACGGCUUUUCUUCCACUAUUUUUAACACAGUUUGAAACUUCAAAUGCGAUAUAAUUUUGGCUUGGACCAUCUAAGCUGACUGACAUCAGCUUGCUAUAAUUUCUGUUUACAUUACAUCGCAAUUCGAUGACACUCUGGCUCAGACACCAGAAUGUUUUGAUUCUAUGAUUUUUAGCAUUCGUGUAGGAUUUUCAAACAACCUGGUCUCUUUUAAAAUACUUUUAAUUUGUUCUUACGUGGUUUUCCAGAUGUAGUGACGACAACAUUAAAGUUUAAAGAAGAAAAUUCUAACAUUUAAACCGACUAAACAAUAACAUAGUAAACUUGCAUAAUUAAACAGCAACUAAAAAUGAUAGGUUUUACUAAAUCUUUUCCUGUGCAAUUAUUACUAGCAUUGGAGACAAGGAUAAUAGUUUGUUUGAAAGAGAAAAGAACAGGCUUUGAAGUAAGCCUAAAAGCGUUUAACUAGAAAUAGUAUUUCGAAAGUUAUUAAUCACAAAAGAUGAAUUGCGUUUAUUUUGAUACACCCUGUAUAAUAUUUAUUUACUUUUAUAACUGUAAUUAUAGUGUAUUGUAUAGAGCGUCAAACACAGAGAACAACGUGGAUUAAUGGUGUUCAAAUUAUGAAUGUUUUUUCUGCACUUUUUUAUUGUCACACCCUUUAGUGUAAUAUAAAGUUCAGCACUUUAAUUAAUUUUUUUUUAAAUUAUAUUAUUAUUUAUGGGUGACAUUGACUGCAUUAGUUUAUUUUGUAUACAAACGUUUACAUGGAUUCAUGAAAUUAUCCAAUGUUGUUUAAUACAGUUUGUUAUUUUCUGACCAUUGCCUCACCAUAAAUGAAACAACCUUAAAUUACUGUAUUGAAUGUACAGUAGAUCCCUAUAAUAUAAUAUAAACCACGAAAUCUUUCGAGUUUUCGUCACCAUUAAUCUGCACUGUUCUAUGUGUUUCAACCAAAUCUUCCUAGAUUAAACUUUAUCCUGAUUCAAAACAACCAUUAAUCCACUCUGUUCUCUGUGUUGUAGGCAGAGCAUCUUUAGUCUUGGGGGAAGAUGGACUCUUAGUUUUGCGAACUUUCUCUCCACGCAAUUUCCCGUGGAUAUUUUGGAAGCUAUUUUAUGAAGCCUGAGGCGAAGAUGUUAUAAAUAUGUAGGAAAUUAUCGAUUCAUUCGGUGGCAUAAUUAGAAAAAGCGGUUAGCGUGCUUUUAUAUAGUAUAGUAUAAACAACUAAACUCUCAGAUAAUUGUAACUCGUACUAAUAGCUUUUUAACCAAAAGGCCUAACAAAAAAUAUAGUCUGUGCCUACUGUAAAAUUACUUGAGAUUGAUGGGGAUACAACUUCGCUCAAAACGUCGAAGAUAUCCUUGUAUUUUUCAGGUAGUUGUAUCCCUAUCAAUCCGAAACCUUUUAACAAAAAUAUCUUGUGGACCCUGUUUCCCGACCGACCCCCCUCUUUUUUCCGACGAUUCCUCUAAAAUUCCUUCGUUACGAGUAAACACGAAAGACUUUGCCAAAAUCUAACCAAUGUUAAGCAAAAAAAAUUCAAAAAAAUUUAUUUCUUAUCUGCCUACAAAAUUUUUUCAGGGUACUGUAUAUGAAACUGGGACCAUAGCAUUUUUUGUUAGGCCGAAUGAAAAUGUUUUAUGUUCAUGUGUUGAUAGUUUCUUAGUUAGACUGACAGGAAGUAAAGUGAAUAAGGUGAGAACGUACCCGUCGAUGGUUUUCUUAUGAAAAACCUUACACUCUAAAAACAUCGUGGUUAAAAAUUUUCUGGUUAAUCCAAAAUUGACCCUCGGAUAACUUAAUGUUCCAGGUUAAAUUUUCUGGUAAAUGUGACCACAGUGGAUGCUGGUUGAUAUGAUUGCUAUCGUGGCUAAUAUGACCAACCAGGAUUGCCGGUUAAUUUAACCAUAGUUGAUAAAACACAAAACAAUAGACACUCCGAAAAUUGUAAACAUUUACAUUUUUUACGUUUCGGCUAUAAUUUUCGUCAGUCUUCUUCUGAAGAUGACUUAAAGUAUAGUCAAAACGUAAAGAAUGAAAAUGUUUACAAUUUUCGGAGUGUCUGUAGUUUUGUGUUUUAUUAAAAUACUUACAUGGCAAACGCCAUUUUUGGCCUAUGGUUGAAUUGACCUGAUUAUGUUGGGUGGACUAUUAACCGAGAAUUCAUAAUCCACCUAACAUCAUAUAGCUGGUUAAAUUAACCACGAUAGUGAUCAGGCUAACCAGGGUUGUGUUUCAAUUAACCAAGAAAUUUAACCACAAGAACAUUAAGUUACCUCAAACAUGGUUCAUUUUAGAUUAACCAGGAAAUUGUUAACCAGGGUGUUUUAGUCAAAGCAGGGCGUUUAUAAGGUAUCUUAUAAACGCCCUGGUCAAAAUUUGUUUUAGGAAAUAGAGCUAAUUAUGGUGGAAAAUGUCCGACAAUAGCAGCAUUGCCAUUUGGGACUCUUUUAGGGCUUGCUACGGUUAUGUUUCAGUAAAACAAGACAACACAUUGAUACAGUAAUCCAAAUGACAUUAUUUUUAUUAAUGAAGUUUCUGUCUGGUUGUACUCAAUAUUGAUGUCGCUAUUGUUCGGACAUAAUCUUUUUUCAUAAAAUGGCAUUUAAACCAAACAGGACCUAGGUUAUGUACCGUAUAUUAAUUAAUGUGGUAUAUUUUACGCAUCAUAUACGUUUUAAAUUUAGCAUUUUAAUUAUGUCGAGGUGGAUUACUGUGAUAACAUAUAGUAGAGAAUUUUAGAUUUAUAUAAAGAAUAUUUUAUAGGUUUAUAUUUUGUAUUAGUGUUGGCUCAUUUGAAGUUUUUUUGCAUGUUUGCAUGCAUGGCGAUUUCACAGUCGACGAUAAAGGGCUCUAAAGGAGAUAUUUCGUUCACGAAAACGAGGCUGUAUAGCCAAGGGUAUGUACCCUCAGGAAGGGUGCAUUGCAACCUCCCCAAUUCGCCAUUCCGAAGUUCACGAGGAGACUGGGACGCAGUAUAUUUAAAAGUAACAAGAUGCAACCUCGUGCCCAGGGCUUUUGUCUGGGUACGAGUUUGUAAUAAAAUGAAGAAAUAAGUGUUUGAAACAACCCUUUUCUGUUAAUUCCAAGCCUGUCGCUUGCAACAGGUUGAGCAGGCAUCUACACUUAACGUCUUAUUAAUACGGGGUAUGUAAAUUGGAGCGGUUAUAAGCAAUAACCAUUCCAAAUCCAAAGAGAUGCAAGCAAUUUUCAAAUACUCUUUUGAAAGUUAUUGAAUCACACUUUUAUUAUACGAAACUUGGACUGCGUGCGAUAAAGAUUGUACACGAAGUUGAAUAAUGGAGGUGACAGGUAAAACAAUACGUGCAGUACCCAAUCUGUCACAGGUAAAAAAUAAGGAACAUUUCGAACGCUGAAAGUCCGGAAUAUCAAAAUGAAAUAAAAAAUAAAACUGCAGUUGGCAGAUGCAGAUGAACUAUAUAUCCUCAGUCUCCUAAUCAGCUGGCUCAACAGUGAAUCCAUUGAACCUAAGUUAAUAAAAUAUUAACUCUUAUCAUUCCAACUGCAGUAAAUUUUAGAAUGCAAGCUACCUUAAUAGUGAACCUAAUAAUAGUUUGACAUUUCAACAGUAAAAGGCGUAGGAAUGUACUCGCAUUUCUGAAUGUUUUGACACAAAUACACGGCACGUUUUUUUCGGGCGAGGGAAAGCAUCCUAGGUUUAGGUAAUACUGCACGAAGCUCGUUCUUGUCAAAUUAAAACAUAAACAACCCAAGCUUGCAACGCAUCAGCAAAAGUCGGGCAAAAAGUAGUCAAAACAAGAAAAUCUCUCUUAAUAAUAACCCCAGUUUGUUGGGCAAACAAAGCCAGUUGGGCAAUUUUCGCUUCACAGUCGGGCAGUAUUUGUUUUUUGGAAAUAUGUCAAUUUGUCCGAAAAAUUUUUUGACCCCUAAAAUGGUACACUGACCGAAAUUUUUUUGGCGACCGGGGGGGGAGGUCGCCAAAAACAAAUUUUUCCGGAACAAAAAUUUUUUCGGCACUAGUCGGGCACAAUCCGAAAAAGUCGGGCAAAUUUCUUUCUGCCCCCCCCCCCAAUUUUUUGCUUCCCUUACGCCUAUGUGACUUCACAUGCACUCGUCCACCAAACAGUUCCAUCAUGAAUAUUGUACCCGGACCAGCCGGCUCAUGGUUAAAAUUUAACACAUUGUUUUGGUUUUUCUAUUUCAUCAGGUUUUUGCAUUUCUAUAUCUCAUCUUUUAUUCUAACGCCCGUAUUCUAAAAGCACACUCACUCAAUAAGUGGAAGUUUAAUCUGAGCUUCUCUUGAGUGUCAUUGCUGUUUUUGAAUAGCUGGAGGGUUAGUGUCAUACCUUACUAUGUGACUACUUACCUUCUAGCUAUUCAAAAUCAGCAUUGACACUCAAGAGAAGCUCAGAUUCAACCUCCAGUCAUUGAGUGUGAAUGAGCUUUCAGAAUACAGCCAUAAGAUUAUAGACAGAUCUGAUGAUUGGUCCUUAUUGCUUUUUAAAGAAUCUGAACUCAAUCAUAAAACUAAGGCGUCAAAAGCCCCAUAAUAUUUAACUACUUCUUCCUCUCUUCUAUAUGUUUGGAUAUAUAUCAAACUACUUCAAUCUUCACCUAUAAAUAUCGUUAUGUAACCUAGUAUCAUUCCUGAUGAUGACUAAAACAUAGCCGAAAGCUAGAACAAUAUAUAUUAAUGGUUUUUUUCGGAGUUACCGUCGUUUUGUAUCUUAAUUUCUGUUUAUUCUAUCUCAAUUUUCAGGCUGGCUCACCCAGAACGCGUUCCACUCCCAAUUCACCGUCGACUGUCCCCAGGAAUCCCGACUAUAACAUCCGCUCUUCACCCGAUCAGACCCCAGGCCACUCCUCGGUUCACGGCAAAGUUCACCCAAGUCAUCAAGGAAGAAAUCUUCGAAAUGAUCUAAUGCAUGCCGCUGACAAUGUCACCAACGCAAUGUCGUCGCUUGUUAAUGAACUCACUUCAGGUAAAUAUAUAGAUCAGUUGAUCUGACAGGGAGGAAAAGGGCCUGGGGCUAGCAUCCAAAAUCCGAGUAUAAAUACAUUUCGCUGUAUAUAUGCCCUUCGUGAAACUAUUUGAAACUUAACUGGGAUAGAAAAAGCAAGUCCACAAAAGUAUCGCAAUAAAAUGUGUCUAUCGUUCAAAGGCUUUCAGAAAUUAUUAACGGGGUAGGGCGGUGGGCGGUUGCCCCCUCCCCCUCCCCUAGUGCCUGCCACUGAUUUAUCGAUAGCAUAUAUAAUGUUGGUCUGAAUUUAAGCCUUGCGCGUGCUUACUAUAUUUGAAAGUUGUAUGAAAUUCAAUCCUGAUGUCAGUAAGAAUUUCAAAUAAUUGAUUGAAAUGAUCGAUUAAUGAUUAUCUUCAGAAGAUGAUGAUGACGAUAUGAACAACAAUAUCAGGUCUAAUGGGAUGCCACCAAUGAUAACCGCUGACCACACAAGUCGUCCUAUCCCAGCCGAGGGAUGAAUCCAUAAGAUUCCUGUGACAGAUGUCAGCUACGUAAGCUUUUUUGUAUGCAUAUAUUAUCUGUGUUAUCAUAUCGUUAUUUGUUUUCUGUUAAUAAACGUUUGCAUGACAGAUCUGCGUCAAUACACCCUUCCAUAAACUACAGUACUUAGCCUUGAUUAUAGAACCCCGUUUUCGGAAUUGAAAUAUCGGGCUUCAGCCCCAAUAUUUUGUUGAUACUUAAAUUAUAUAAAAAUUUUCGGAUUGAUAGGGAUACAACUACCUGAAAAAUACAAUUAAGGAGAACUCGACGUUUCGAGCGAAGGCUCUUCAUCGGAAAAUUUUGUUAUUUUCAAUAGACAACUUGCAUGUUAGACUAAUUUUUUAUCUGGGCAAAAAAAGUAAAUUCCCCUAAAGAACUUAUUAAAAGUAGUAAAAUUGCAAAAUUUGGUUACGAAAUGUUGUAAAAUAUGGAAUAUUUUGCCUUGCGAAGUUUGCAUAUUUGUAUUACGUGCGGAAAUUGUUACCAUUUUUGAGCCGAAAAUAGUAACAAUUUCCGCACGUAAUACAAACAUAUACAAAAUUUGCACAUUUUGCAAGACUAUAUUUUCCAAGCUUUACAACAUUUCGCAACCAAAUUUUGCAAUUUUACUAAUUUCAUUAUGUUCUUUUUAGCUGUGGUGUUUGAUCCCCUUCCCUUUACUUACAUUAAAAUUUAGUCUAACAUGCAAGUUGUCCGUUCCCGACCCCCGACGCUACUAACUUCCCGACGAUGGGCCUUUGCUCGAAAUGUCGAAGUUCUCCUUGUAUUUUUCAGGUAGAUGUAUCCCUAUCAAUCCCAAGCUUUCAAAUUGUAUAAAAGUGUUUUAUAUUAUCUAAUACAACUGUGCGAUUUCGUAAAUGUUUCACCUGUAACAAGAUAUUAUAAACGGCUUUAAAUCCCGAAAACGAGGCUCUACAUACUACAACCAAAGCUAAAUACUUGUUAAAUAUUGGUGUAUUUUGAGUGUUCUAUUUUUAAAGGACACUGGAUGACAGUAAAAAAAUAGUUUGUCUCAUUUGAAAGAGCUUUUAAAAUAAUAAAGACUUCAUAUAGCUUUUUCAUAUCUUGCUUAAUUGACUCUUGAAAUAUUUGUCCGCCAUUUUGAAUUAUUCAUGAUAUGCAUGUUGCGACAAGUGGGGUCACGCAAACUUUUAACUAGACAGCCAGUGAUCAAUAUGAGCCAAAAUUGAAUAGAAAUAUUUUUAAAAACUUGAAAGUAAUUUAAGGCUAUUCCGACACUUGACGUCAUCAAAACCGCAGUUAAUGAAGUUAAGAAUUAAUCCAAGAUGGCGGAAAGUUCAUUGUUUUCAGUCAAAAUAUUUCAAUUGUCAUGAAUGUAGGAAAAACCUGCAACAAAAUUUAAUACAUAAAUUUAAACGUUCCGUCAAAUGAGACAAACUAUAUUACCUCAGUUCCAGUGUCCUUUAAUCGAUCAACUCGAACAUUUCCAUCUGAAAAUUGUUCUUAAUUUUUUGAUACUUUGAAGCCAUUUUAGCUCUGUUUAUUGUAUAAUGUACAGACUCAUUGUGUUUUCUGACCCAUAGUCUUAAUUUGCUUAUAAUGAAAGUAAAUGUAGUGCAAUAUUCGCUCUCCAGGGUAUAGCGGUUCUUUUGAAGAUGCCGCAAACUCUUCUCGCGGAGUAAAGAUGACCACUUUGGAUAGCCAAAUUAUAUGUAUUGUACUUAGCUUAGUAUUUCUUUGGAUUUUUUUGGAUAACCUGUUUUAAGCUUAUUACGUUAUAAGGAUAUAUUCUAUUGUUUUAUUUUUGUAUAAAAUGUCUUUGAGUUUUGUAUACACAACGUAUCUUUAAAUAUAUAUUUUGAAAUUCAUACAA